UAUGAUGUAGCCCUUAGACAAAUGAAAAUGAGACCUGGUGAGGUCCUUAUAGACUGUUUGGAGUCGGUUGAAGAUACCAAAGGAAACAAUGGAGACAGAGGUAGACUGCUUGUGACGAAUUUGCGGAUUAUUUGGCGCUCAUUGUCAUUGCCCAGAGUCAAUCUCUCCGUUGGUUACAACUGCAUUAUAAAUAUAACUACAAGAACUGCCAACUCAAAAUUACGAGGGCAGACAGAAGCUUUGUAUAUAUUGACUAAAUGUAACAACACACGAUUUGAGUUCAUAUUUACCAAUGUUGUCCCUGGGAGUCCCAGACUCUUCACUUCAGUUAUUGCUGUACACAGAGCUUAUGAAACUUCUAAAAUGUAUCGUGAUCUGAAGCUGAGAAGUGCAUUGAUUCAAAACAAGCAACUGAGAUUAUUACCACAAGAACAAAUAUAUAAUAAAAUCAAUGGAGUUUGGAAUUUAUCAAGUGACCAGGGAAAUUUGGGAACGUUUUUUAUUACUAAUGUGAGAAUAGUUUGGCAUGCAAAUAUGAAUGACAGCUUUAAUGUCAGCAUACCAUACCUACAAAUUCGUUCAAUAAAAAUAAGAGACUCAAAGUUUGGCUUGGCGCUUGUGAUAGAGAGUUCUCAGCAGAGUGGAGGAUAUGUACUUGGUUUUAAGAUAGACCCCGUGGAGAAACUACAGGAGGCAGUGAAAGAAAUUAAUUCACUUCACAGAGUUUAUUCAGCUAACCCUAUAUUUGGAGUGGAUUAUGAAAUGGAAGAAAAGCCUCAGCCUCUUGAAGACCUAACAGUGGAGCAGGUUGAAGAUGAUGUGGAAAUAGAACCUGAUGAACAUACAGAUGCUUUUGUGGCUUAUUUUGCUGAUCAAAACAAGCAACAUGAUGGGGAGCCAGUUUUUUCAGAAGAACUGGGACUUGCCAUUGAGAAGCUAAAGGAUGGAUUCACGCUCCAGGGACUGUGGGAAGUGAUGACCUGAUUUGGACUGGU